UUUUCUCUUUGCCGCCAUGUGUGUCGCAUCGCAACGCUUCACGAGUCAUUUUCUUCACAGGUGUUCGGUGCACUGACCUCGUGCUCUCUGCAUGUGAGCGAUCACUUUUACGGUACCGGCGAGUCCCUGCUCUUCAGGUUUACACCGAGGUUCCAAUGUUUCAAUUGGACCGGGGACAACCUGUAUUUCAUCAAGGGCAACAACGAGAGUUUAGCAAUUGGCGCCGGAGAUGGCAAGUUUGGACUCUGGCUGGAUGGCGAUCUGUAUCAAGGCAGGACACAAUCCUGCAGCACAUACAGCAACGAACCGUUGGCGCCGCGCGAAGACUUCGUCGUCAAGACGUUGGAAUGUUGGGCGUUCAUAUAGGACAUGGCCUCGUAUCCCCAGCCUGUCGCUCUUUCGCCAUCACCGCAGCCUAAUUUAACCUGAACUCGUGAGCACCACGAAGGUGUUUUAUCCCCAGGAGAGAUUAGAGGAAGACUAACGAUUCUAAGGACAUUGUCGGAGAAAAGUUGAGCCGUGUCGACGUUGUCAUGACACUAAUUUAAUUCGAUUGUCAUUUGGGAAAAUCUCGCCCAGUGUGGGACAAAGGAGAAAGAUUCUCCAAGGAGAAAGAAAUGAAUCAAUGUCCGCACGAAGAGACAACGAUGGCAAUGCCUGAAGAUGGUGAGAUCGACGAGAAGCAGCCUCGAAAGGGAUGCGGACGGUAAAAAAAGAGACUGUCGUGGCCCGAAGUUAUGCGAUCAUAACGCAUGCUGUAACAUAGCUACUUGCGUAUCGCGUAGCUGAUUAUCAUUAAUUGCCUCCGACUUCCCUGUCUUUUUUUUUUAAGUUGGCGUAUUUAUUUUAUUUUAUUUUUUUUUUAUAUUCUGUUGAACGAGAUCGUCGUCAAUUUGAUUUGCAGUUAUUUGCGAGUUAAUCGAGAGUCGAAGAAUUAAGAUUACUUCGUAUGAUUGUCGUUACUUCGUACUAGUCGUGAGUUUAUGACACAUCUAAUCGCUGAUGUAAAGGUAAUAAUGAUAAUGAUGAUAAUGAUAAUGCAGAUGAUUGUAAUAAUGAAGAUGGAAGAUAAAAGAAUGAAAGUGUGAAUGAUUGGAAAUGAUGUGGAUGUUAAAUGAAAGGCGAGAUACAUAACGUUUGGAAGAAAAUAAUUUACAAAUUCAAUACGAUGAAGAUGCUAAAACUAACAGUUUGUUGAUGUGUAGAUAAUGUAGAUAGUAAAUGUAAAUAUAUACAUAUAUAUAUACAUAUAUAUAUACAUAUAUAUACUAUAUGAUCGUGUUGCAAUGAUUGAUUUUGAUGGUAUAAGCAGAGAGAACUCUUUGCGGAACGCUGUGUAGCUCGUCAUGUAUAUGUGUAUGUAUAAUGCGGACAUUUAUUGAUCCAAAAAAUGUACACGACACGUAUAUACGUUGCAUACACAUGAGGAUUGACACACAGAUUACGGGAAGCGUGCUCUCGCGCAACCGAAUGUAAUGAUCUAUGAUCUGAGAAAAAAAAAACGUAGUUUUUAGAGAAAGAGAUACCUCGAGCUGAUCUUACAAUUAGAGAAAAGGAACGAGGAGAAGUCGGACGAGAAGUCAAUGAUACACCGAUUGAAUCGAGUUGGAAUCGUAUUCGCGAAUCUUGUCGUCAGUAAAUUGUAGUAGAUGUGCUUUUGGAGUCACGAGUGACCACAACGAACGCAACAUGCCUGUGCCUGCUUCGCUCUCUUUGUCUCCCUACGCCAAGUGUACACGCGAUGUGAAGCGAAUAUUUCGAGCGUGAAUCCAUCUUACUACCAGCAUACGAGUUCCCCAAAUGCAAACGAUCGAUCACUCUUAGAUAACGCGUCGAACGGACGAAGAAUCGUCGCUAUUCUAACUCGCGUUUCGAUGCUCUUUUAGACCUAGUCCAACUUUGUAUGACCGUAUUACACACAAUCAUACACUGUCCGAGCUUAUAAUCUCUAUCGCACGAGCGUCGCUCAGAAACUUAAAACCUAUCUCUAUCUACCUAUCUCUAUUUAGUGCACCUCGAUGAUUUAAAACAAAAGAGAGUGAGAAAGAUAAAAAAAAAUGUGUACAAGGCAAGCAGUUCUCAAACGCAGAA